AUGGCUUCUCGCCACGUUGAUAUCGAUCCCGAUGGAGACACGCUGAUCAUCAUCCCUAGAAUCAAAGCCGAAGGCGAUGGCAAGGACGGGGCAUCCCAAGUGACGUUCAAAACGUCCAUGAAGCAUCUCACUUUAGCAUCACCCCGCGCAAAAAAGAAGUUCGAUCCCAUGUUCGAUCCUGAAGCCUUUGAGAUUGUUCUGCACAUCGUUCAUGCACAAGCUCACAAGCUCCCGAAGCAAUUAUCGCUCGCCACGGCGACACAAGUUGCCGUCAUUGCUGAUGAUUUGCAAUGCUGCGACUUAAUCGCAUUUUUUGUUCGAAAGUGGAGCGUGUACAGCGACUUUUGGGCAGCGUCAUCAACAUACCGCGAGUUGAUCAAAAAGAUUUUCAUAUGCUCAGUCUUUCGAGUGAAAGAAAGGUUCCCUAAGUUGACAUACACUGCGGUAGCUUGUUCUUUAACGCAAGUACCCAACUUGGGCCUCCCUAUUGAUCCCUCGAUCCUCCGAGCCAUAGAAGAGAAGCGGGCAUCUGUGAUGAAGGAGUUUUUGAAGCACCUCUAUACCGUGGAAAGGGAGCUGCACGAUGAAGCUCUUUGUUGGGAAUGCAGAGCGCAGAACAUUGGUUAUCUCAAAUAUAACCUACAUCUACAUCAGCUUCCAACAUCAGAGACGUCAGACCAAUGGGCGAAGAUUACAUGCCUAGCGCUGAGGACGAAAUUGACGAAGUUCAAAUAUGCGACGCGUGCCGGCUGUGCGUAUCAGGCAGGGACGACGCAUCCUUCGUUCAAGACGCCAAUCGUGGCGGCCUUGAAGAUAUUUUCAUCUGUUGAUGAGGCACUGGAUCUUUCUCCAUUUCCGAAUCCCGCUGCGGCCGCCGAGUAA